AGUACUGAUUGAAUUCCUUUGGGUAUCUCAGUUUAUAAGAGUAUAAAGCAGUCCUUUACAAAAAGUUUGAGAAUAGUUAGAAUAGUACAUGGUGCCUGUGAAGCCAAGAUCGUAAGUUCUAUUUCUCUGAGUGAGUUAGCUUCACAUAACGGAAGGUUAAACACAGAACGUAGCAAGCCAACCCACAGAAUAGGAGAAAAUUUUUGCAAAUCAUGUCUGAUAAGGGACUUAUAACUCUAACAUGUAACAUUCAUUAAUGAAAAAACCCAGCCAGGUGCAGUUGUGCACGCCUGUAGUCCCAGCUACUUGGGAGGCUGAGGCAGGAGUUCAAGUCCAGCCUGAGCAACAUAGCAAAACUCUACCUCUAAAAAGUAAUAAUAAUACAUCCAGUUUUUACUUCAUUUAUUAUUUUUUUGAGACAUAGUCUUGCUCUGUUGCCCAGACUGCAGUACGGUGGCACAAUCUUGGCUCAGUGCAACCUCUGCCUCCCAGGCUCAAGGGAUCCUCUCACCUUAGCCUCCUGAGUAGGUGGGAUUACAGGUGCCUGCCACCACACCCAGCUAGUUUUUUGUGUCUUUAGUAGAGAUUGGGUUUUAACCGUGUUGGCCAGGCUGGUCUCAAACUGUUGAUAAGUCCAGUUUUUAAAUGGGUAAAAUAUUUCAACAGAUGUAUCUCCAAAGAUGUACAAAUGGCCAAUAAGAAAAUGAAAAGCUGCUCUACUUCUUCUAUAGCCAUCAGAGAAAUGUAACUCAAAACAACAAUGAGAUAUCACUUCACACCCACUAGGAUGACUGUAAUCAAAAAGACAGGCAGCUGAGUAUGUCCCAGAGAAGGUGAAGAAAGCGGAAAAGAAAUUAGAAGAGAAUCCAUAUGACCUUGAUGCUUGGAGCAUUCUCAUUCGAGAGGCACAGAAUCAACCUAUAGACAAAGCACGGAAGACUUACGAACGCCUUGUUGCCCAGUUCCCCAGUUCUGGCAGAUUCUGGAAACUGUACAUUGAAGCAGAGAUUAAAGCUAAAAAUUAUGACAAGGUUGAAAAGCUAUUUCAGAGAUGCCUUAUGAAGGUUUUGCACAUUGAUUUAUGGAAGUGUUAUCUUUCAUAUGUCCGAGAAACCAAGGGUAAACUACCAAGUUACAAAGAAAAAAUGGCUCAAGCAUAUGACUUUGCACUGGAUAAAAUUGGAAUGGAAAUUAUGUCCUAUCAGAUUUGGGUGGAUUACAUCAAUUUCCUAAAAGGCGUGGAAGCUGUAGGAUCUUAUGCAGAAAAUCAAAGAAUAACAGCUGUCCGAAGAGUUUAUCAAAGGGGUUGUGUUAAUCCCAUGAUCAACAUUGAACAACUCUGGAGAGACUAUAACAAGUAUGAAGAGGGUAUCAAUAUUCAUUUAGCUAAAAAAAUGAUUGAAGAUCGGAGUAGAGAUUAUAUGAAUGCUAGACGUGUAGCAAAGGAAUAUGAGACAGUAAUGAAAGGCUUGGACCGCAAUGCUCCCUCAGUGCCUCCUCAGAAUACUCCUCAAGAAGCUCAACAAGUAGAUAUGUGGAAGAAAUAUAUACAGUGGGAAAAGAGCAACCCUCUUCGUACAGAGGAUCAGACCCUUAUAACAAAAAGAGUUAUGUUUGCUUAUGAACAGUGCCUGCUUGUGCUGGGCCAUCACCCUGAUAUUUGGUAUGAAGCUGCCCAGUAUCUUGAGCAGUCAAGUAAACUGCUUGCAGAAAAGGGAGAUAUGAAUAAUGCCAAAUUAUUUAGUGAUGAAGCUGCUAAUAUAUAUGAAAGAGCCAUAAGCACUUUAUUGAAGAAGAAUAUGCUUCUUUAUUUUGCAUAUGCAGAUUAUGAAGAGAGUCGCAUGAAGUAUGAAAAGGUUCAUAGUAUAUAUAACCGACUUCUGGCAAUUGAGGAUAUUGACCCCACCUUGGUAUAUAUCCAAUAUAUGAAAUUUGCACGGAGAGCAGAAGGCAUCAAAUCUGGAAGAAUGAUAUUUAAAAAAGCAAGAGAAGAUACCAGAACCCGCCACCAUGUCUAUGUUACUGCAGCACUCAUGGAGUAUUACUGUAGUAAGGACAAAUCUGUUGCCUUUAAGAUUUUUGAGCUGGGGCUAAAAAAGUAUGGAGAUAUUCCAGAGUAUGUCCUGGCCUAUAUUGACUAUCUUUCUCACCUCAAUGAGGACAAUAAUACCCGAGUUUUGUUUGAACGAGUUUUAACAUCUGGAAGCCUUCCUCCUGAGAAGUCUGGAGAAAUAUGGGCCCGAUUUCUAGCUUUUGAAAGUAAUAUUGGUGAUCUAGCUAGUAUACUCAAGGUGGAGAAAAGACGGUUUACAGCAUUCAAAGAAGAGUAUGAAGGCAAAGAAACCGCUUUACUAGUAGACAGAUACAAGUUCAUGGAUUUAUAUCCUUGCUCUGCAAGUGAACUAAAAGCACUUGGUUAUAAGGAUGUCUCCCGUGCUAAGCUAGCAGCUAUAAUUCCAGACCCAGUUGUAGCUCCUUCUAUAGUGCCUGUUCUGAAAGAUGAAGUGGAUAGAAAACCAGAAUACCCUAAACCAGACACUCAGCAGAUGAUUCCAUUUCAGCCACGACAUUUAGCACCUCCAGGCUUACAUCCUGUACCUGGUGGAGUGUUCCCAGUCCCCCCUGCAGCUGUUGUUUUAAUGAAACUUCUCCCUCCUCCUAUCUGUUUCCAGGGUCCCUUUGUACAAGUGGACGAACUGAUGGAAAUUUUCCGAAGAUGCAAGAUACCAAAUACUGUUGAGGAAGCUGUGAGGAUUAUUACCGGUGGGGCCCCAGAGCUAGCUGUAGAAGGCAACGGCCCAGUGGAAAGUAAUGCAGUACUCACCAAGGCUGUCAAAAGGCCCAAUGAGGAUUCAGAUGAAGAUGAAGAAAAGGGAGCCGUUGUCCCGCCUGUUCAUGACAUUUACAGAGCACGGCAGCAGAAGCGGAUUCGGUAGGGCUUAAAACGCCUCUGCAAGAAAACUCCUGUCCAGGAUUCCCUUUUUGCCUCAAGUCGUAUGUUUAAAAGAGACAACGCUUUGUUACAAGGUUCUUGGAAACAAAGUUGUAUUGUCAUUGGUGCCUCUAUCAUAUGGUUCUUGGGAAAAAACAAACCAACCUGUGUGAAUUUUAGAAUAUGGAACAGACCUAUGCUCUAAGCAAAAUUUAGGUUUUCAAAAAUGUGAGAACAGUACAAAAUGGCAGAACCACAUUUUGUUCCCUCUUCAAGGGUGUCUUGUAUGUGCCGCUUGAAGAUUUGUGAGUUUUUCAACAGUUUUAUUUUAAAAACUGGAUGGCUUAUGAUUGUAAAGCAUUUUGUCACAUUUCCUGAAAAACAAUUGUUCUUGGUUUGCUUAUGUAGAGUCCUGCCUUAUUGUUUGUUUUUAUUUAUGGCAGAAUGUAUGAAAUCUGUUUUGUAGUUUGAAAUUUUAAAAGUCCUUUAAAAAAUAAAAGGAUUCAGAAACA